ACGGUCUCGGAGCACGUCUGAUACGUCAGCCGCAAAGCACGUCUGAUCCCGGCCAGCGGCGAGCAGCACUCGCACCUGCCAUGAAGGUGGUUCGGCUGCUGGUGGUACUGGUGCUGGUAGUGCUGGCGGUGACGGCGACGGUGGGCGCCGCCCGAAGGAAGCGGUUCCGCUCGGUCAUGCCGCGGGCUAUGCGAGCCAUCAGCCGCGUCGGCAAGGGCUCGCACUCCCGGGAGCGUUUCCUGGCUAUCCCGCAGGUGCCCUACCCAUACUAUCAGAGGCCGAAGUACCGGUACCCGUUCUACGACCAGCACGGCAACGGGCACCUGCUUUACGGCUACGGUGACAAAAGGCUCUACAGCUACACAAAGUUCAAGCCGCUGGAGGGCUACAGCAAACGGCGCUAGAGGCUCCACUGCUAGGACACCCACACGCAGCCAUCUAGUCAGGCAGAGAGUACAGUUGCAGCGCGGCGUGAAGCCCAGACAGCGAGCGGACACUCCACGGAACAGCUGCGCGGCCGGGCCUCCUCCACGGAAGGGCUGCACGGCCGGGGCUCCUCCACGGAACGGCUGCAUGGCCGGGGCUCCCCCACGGAACCGCUGCACGGACGGGGCUCCUCCACGGAACAGCUGCGCGGCUCGUGCUGACCAGUUUCAGUUGUCAGGAGUGGACAUGUAGCACUGCGGCGCUCCAUUUACCGCUCCAGCCGUUCCUCUACGGAACGGCUGCACGGACAGGGCUCCUCCACGGAACGACUGCACGGCCGGGGCUCCUCCAUGGAACAGCUGCGCGGCCAGUGCUCCUCUACGGAACGGCUGCACAGACGGGGCUUCUCCACAGAACGGCUGUACGGGCGGAGCUCCUCCACGGAACGGAUGCACGGCCGGGGCUCCUCCACAGAGCGGCGGCAGAGCGUAGAGCAUGUGGCACGGACGCAGAGCAGUCGGCGGUGCAGUCGACGGGCCCGCUAGCUGAGAGCGGACCGCUGUCGCCAUCAGAGCAGCCGCCCCGUGAAGGGGGGGGGGAGCAGCAGACUAUCCAGCAGAGCGAAGACGGCGGUGCAGUG